GACGUAGGCCGGUUUUUUUUUGUCUCCGCGCGCAUGCGCUUUUCGCUGUCGGAGAACGCCCGCUCUGGCAAAGGGCAGCUAGGCCGCGAGGAGCCGGGGGCUCGCGUAGAUGUCUUCGCCGGAGGAGGCGCGGGUCGCGCCGGCCCCGGAAGGGGACUUGCCGGUAGAGUGGGAAACGGACGAAGAACGUAUGGCGUUUCUAUUUUCGGCUUUCAAGCAGAGCCGGGAGGUUAACGCCACCGAGUGGGACAGCAAGAUGGGCUUUUGGAGUGAGUUGGUGUUCAAAUGGGGAAGACGGAAAGGAGGGAUCCGCACCUGCCUGAGGGAGCUCCAGCAGGCUUUCGAGCGCCGGGGGAGCGUCCCCCUCGGCCUGGGCACCGUCCUCCGCGAGCUGCUCAGACGGGGCAAACUGCAAAGAGAGUCGGACUACAUGGCUAGCGUCGACAGUAGCUGGAUCUCCUGGGGUGUGGGAGUCUUCAUUUUGAAACCCCUGAAGUGGACCUUGUCUAGCGUAUUGGGUGACAGCAAAAUGCCGGAGGAAGAGGAAGCCCUGAUUUAUGUGGAGAUUCUUAAGGAGAAGGCAGAAGAAGUCUAUAAUCUCUACCAGAAUUCCACACUUUCAUCCCAUCCUGUUGUUGGUCUGUCUGAGCUGCGCUCCCUAUGCACCAUCACCUGUCCAGAUGAACGAACAUUUUGUCUGGUGCUGCUCCAAUUGCAGAAGGAGAAAAGAGUCACUGUCCUGGAACAGAAUGGUAAUAAGAUAAUGAAAUUCGCCCGAGGGCUUCACGCAAAAGUCUCCCCAAUGAAUGAUGUUGACAUUGGGGUUUAUCAGUUGAUGCAGAGUGAACAGCUGUUGUCACAGAAAGUGGAAUCUCUGGCACAGGAAGCAGAGAGAUGUAAAGAGGAGGCUCGGAGGGCCUGUAAAGCUGGGAAAAAGCAACUGGCUCUGAGAUCUUUGAAGUCCAGAAAAAGAGUGGAAAGGCGCAUUUCAGAGCUUCAUUCCAAGCUGGACGUGGUACAAGGCAUCCUAGAUCGCAUCUAUGCCUCUCAGACAGAUCAAAUGGUAUUUAAUGCUUAUCAGGCUGGACUAGGAGCUCUGAAGCUGUCUAUGAAAGAUGUGACUGUGGAAAAGGCAGAGAGCCUAGUGGAUCAGAUUCAAGAGCUGUGCGAUACCCAGGAUGAAGUGGCUCAGACGUUAGCAGGCGUGGCAAUCAAUGGCUCGGAAGCUGAUACAGAGGAACUUGAAAAAGAAUUGGACAGUCUUCUCACAGACUCCUCAAAAUAUCUGUUGGACUUGCCUUUGGUGCCAUCAAAGCCACUCUCUCCAACUCCAGUAGUCCUUCCCAGCUUCACAGAUGCUGAGCUUGAAGCAGAGCUGGAGAAGCUCACUUGCUCAGAUGGAGGUGUGUACGUGUGCGUUCAAUUACAGAAUUGGCACAAGAGACUGAUCGGAAGGCCUCUGACCGCCAAAGAGCUCUGGAGCUGCCUCUUUAAUGACUCAACGUCCCCUUUUGUGCUGUGAAGCUGUCUUAACUUUGCUGAUCAUAAUUCCGAAAGUAACUUGUUGGAACAUGGCUUAAAAGCUCGUUAGACUGCACUUUUCAAACAGGCAGGAAAAUUCUGCCACGACAAUCCAAAUCCUUUCCACAGAAAAUUACUCUGUUGUCAUUUUUUUUCCAGUGGUGCCAAAUUACAGUGUCUCUUUGGUUGAUUUGCUCACCCAUAUGGCCACUCACGGCUGCGCUUUUUCUGGCAAGUUGACGUCUUGCUGAUCCUGACAUUGUUCGACAUCCUGAGGGCUGCUUGGCCAAAUCAUGGAACUCCACCUUGUGACCACUUGAAAGGCAAUAAAGUCACACGCUGUCUGGCAUCCUGCUGUUUUGUGCAGUUGUGCAAAACAUUAACUGGAUGCACUAGAUAAGAUGCUGACUUUGAUAGCAGUGAGCGGUGUUUGGCCGCAAGUAGACAUAUAUAUUAAUGAUUUUUCUAUAUUUCUUCUUUGUAUUUGCACGGUUGUGGAGAACUUAGGUCAAGGUUUUAUAGGGGUGUUUUUUUUUUGUUACACAAGUAGGAGGCAUCUGUGGACACAAAAUUCACCUUAUACAUGUCUUUUACGUCAAGACUGACAUUGCCUUAAAGAAUUUGCAAAGCUUUUCAACACGAGGCUGUUAUUUUUGUUGUUGCUUCUUGAAGAUGAUGCUUUGAUGUUUAAAACAUUUCCAGGUUAUCUGCAAGGAAAGCCAUUCUGCACAUUGCCUUCUUGUUAGGAAGAAUUCUCUUUGCUGCAAGUAGGAGAUUUAAGCUAUUCUCUUAAAUCAGAAACACACAGAGGGUUAGGGUUAGCAGCAUAAGAGAUUCUUCAGUCAUGUGUGCUGGAAUAAGGUUUAAACAAUGGCAGUAAUUUGGCUCACUGUCUCAGCAUCAUUAAUAGUAAUGGUAGAGAAUCCUCUAUCACCAUUUCCUGACAUCUCAAGACACUAAUUUAAAAUGAUGGAAGAACUACUGAAUCAAAUCACAUUUACACCUGCCAGAGAUGGCUUGCAAUUGUCUUCUGUCUUUUUCAGAAGACUUCCUGAGAAACUCCCUCUGUAUACAUCAGGGCAGCUGUUUAUUUUUUGUUGUUUAAUGACAACAUAGAAACUGGCUGCAGAAACUGAAGGAAAACUGGUUAUUGACUUGUAUAUCAGCACCUGCUGGAAUAAUUGGGAGGGGGGGAGAGAUGAACAAAUUGGGAGGGAGGGCAAGAGAUGAACAAAUUUUUGCUGUUCAUAAGCUCUUUUGAGAACGACUUUAUGCUUUUGUUCUAUGAAACUAGCUUUCAUUUAGACUGUGGUGAUAGGAGACAUUUUGUCAAGGAAGACAUCUGCUAAAAUUGGAAAAAGGGAAAUGGUUAAUUCCGUGUCAGGGCAUGCCCUGUAAGUUCUCUACAACACAUGGGGUUUUUUUUUCCCCCAAACCAGUGAAUCAUAUGCCACUUGUUUAAACAAAAUUCAAGAAUUGUGCUUAAGUUACUGUUAAGGGCAUUGUGGUUUAGAAAGGAGAGGAAGAGGAAAUGUUCCUCCCACUUCUUUAUUUUUUUUUUCUAAACAGUGAAAUAAUAAAAGAGUGAAAAGA